AUGGCGCCCCGCAGUCUCUUAGGCUCCUGGAAGUUGUCAGCCCUUUUCAAGCUUGUCUUUAUCGCUGCGGUGUUUGUUCAGGAAGGGGAGUCGCUAACGCUUGAGGUCACUGUUCACGUCAAUGGCAGCACCACCUUGCCGGAUCCAAGUCUCCUGAACGCCUUCCUGCGUAAGCAGAGUGGUUCGGUUAACCCGGCCCGCUGCUACCUAACCACCCUCCAGAUGUCUGCUGAGGACCUGGUGCACCAGGUCCUCAGCAGACUCAUACCGCUCAAACUGCACGUGCAGUUUGAGCGGUAUGUGGUGGACCCGGUUUACGCAGGGCCCCAGGGUGCUUCGCAAGAAGACUGCGACAACAUAGUCCGGGUGCGCGAGCGCUGGACGACGGUGCCAGAACCUGACACAUCGGAACGGACUCAUCAGGAGAGCUUCACGGUCACCGUUGAUCCUCCGUCCAGAAGAGUCUGCAUUUGCGAACUUGAGGAGAAGCUUCAGGACUUCUCCGAGCGUGUAUCAACCAAUCAGGCGUGCCCUGAGAACGUCGGAGGCGAGAUGGUCCCCUUGUGCGCGGCCAUCUCGUCGGGGCUGUUUCUCUACCGUCUGAUCUCCGUCUUCACACACGACAUGACCGUCGGAUUCAAACUUGCCCCAAACCGAACCCUGGCCGAUUUGCCCAGGUUCAUCACCCCCCCAAACCCCACAAUCUCGCUCUGGUAUACGGAGAUUGCUCACGUGGGGACUGGACACGUGGUGCGCAUCGGCGAGUUCCGCGGGGCCGCAACGGUGUGGAGCUCGAGCGGAACGGACGCUUUGGGAACGCAACCGGAAGUGGCGGCGGUCAAAGAGGACCUUGAAUGGCUGCUCGCGCUGAUCUGCGGCCGGUGCCCGCACACAUAUGAUGGGAUUCUGGCGGGAUGCCACGCAUGA